AUGGCGAUGAUCUUUUCCAGCUCUUUCGACUGCUUCUUCCCAAGCUUGACUAUACUCGAGGCUAUUUCGGAGUUAAGCCGACACCUACCUUACUACUCACCGUACCAGGAGAGGCGGCUUGCCGGCCUCCUCGCUAGCGCGCUGGGCGCCUCCCGCGAACGCGCUAAUGCUGCAAAGGACUGGAUGGCUCUGGCACACCACAUGCAUUGGAAGUUCCCCGUCGUCAUGCAAAAGCUGCUGUUCGACCCUUACUGCCCGGCCAGCAUCCCCCGGGAAACCGACUCGCUCACCUUGGGCAUGGUCAACGCGGCGUUGGACCAACUGGCAUCCAUUGCCUCGGGUGAAGAACGCUCCCGCUUAGUGGCACUAUCUGUCCAUGAGCACCAGGUGGCCACAGCGCAGCAGCAGGCGGCGGUGCUCCGGAACCUGCUGCUGCGCUGCACACCAGCUGGCGCCCGCUGGCUGGUCAGCAUACUGCUGCGACAGGACUUGCCGACCGGCUUAGGCGACAAGACGGUGCUGACUGCUUUCCACGCGGACGCGUAUGAGGCAUUCACGGCCUGCUCCGAUCUGCGGCGGGUGUUGGACGCGCUGCGCCGACCGGAGAGCGCCUGGAGGCGCCGAGAAGUUGAGCCCGGGCUCAACGCGGCUCCGCAGCUGGCGAGCCGGGUCGACGGUGGGCCGGUAGCGGCGGCGGCGUGCAUGCAAGGCCGCCCCUUCCUCGUGGAGACGAAGUUUGACGGCUGGCGGAUCCAGAACAAAGGACCAGGCAGAGUUCGUGUAGGGUCUCCAGCCGCCUGGGUUGCUUGGUAUUGGGUUAGUGGCUGGUUGGGACUUCACCCUAGACGCAAAAGUGCCGGCAUUGGCCGUGUGGGCCUUCUCGAGCUGUAUCAAAACGCGGUGGCGUGCUUUCUGCGAGUCCCGAGUUCAGCACAGGAGCAGGAGGACGAGGGGGAGGAGGAGCAAGGCGCGCCGGGAGCUGUCACUGCUGCGCAGCUGGGGCCUUGUACGGCAGAGGCGCUGUUGCCGCGCGUGGUGCUGGACGGCGAGAUGCUGGUCUGGAACAAGACCCGUCGGUGCUUCGAGCCCUUCGGCAUGCUGGAAGCCACCAUCCGAGCAGCGGCAGACGGCGUGCCGCCCAACGCGCCCGUGCAGGGCCGGGACGUGGCUGCCGGUGCGGCCGGUGCGGCCGGUACUGACGACUCGUAUUCACGGUACCCGGCUGCUGGCGAGUUGGAGGUGGUGUACGUCGCCUUUGACAUCCUGUACCUGCGGGACACAUCUGUCAUACACCUGCCGCUGAGGGAGCGGAAGGAGCUCCUGGCGUCUGUGCUCCGUCCUAUUCGAGUGGAUACGGGUACUGCUGCUGGUGCUGGUCGUGGUCGUGAUGCGGGUGUGGAAGGUGGUUCUGAGAAGCAGCAGUAUGGCGGCGGUGUGCCUCUGGGCGGCCCUCAGGGCGCAGUCACGUUCCGAGCGGAGGCGCUGCUGCCGGACCAACCCAUGUUCGCAGCACCAAUACCAGCACCAGCUCCAGCUCCAGCCCGCACAGCUUCACACCCCGGAGCCUUACUAACCUGGGCAAGCUGUUGGACCUUCUGGCUCUUUCAAAAUGACAAUGAUGGUGCUGCUGAUGAUGAUAACACAGAUGGCAAGGUGCACAGUUGGACCUGCUCUACCGCCCAACAAGCGCAAGAUGUGUACGACCGUACGGCAGCGGCAGGGGAGGAAGGCGUGGUGGUGAAGGCGCUGGAGGAGCCGUACCGCCUGGGCUGCCGUACCAGCACGUGGAUCAAGAUCAAGCCCGACUACCUGACGCAGGGCGAAUUUGACGCGGUCAUCCUGGGCCAGCUGUACGACCAUACCACGAGCCAAGUCAGCGUCGGCGGGGUGUACCUGCUCGGGCUUCCUGAGGAGCAACCCCAACUGGGAAAGCCCACCACAUACGUCACCUUCGCUGUGGUGGGCACCGGCGUCUCUCGCGAGCAGCGCCUGUCGCUGCUGGAGCCGCGGCUGGCCGGCAACCUGGUGGCUUCACCCCGGGACCUGGCGGCAGCUGGCCCUGCUGCCCGCCUGCGUGCCGUACCCCGCUGGUGCCGGGCAACCGGGUCGCGGGACGAGUGGCCUGACUGGUGGGUCCGCGACCCCGAGCGAAGCGUGGUGGUGCAGGUGAACGCCGAUGUGCGGCUGACACGCACGAGUACCUUCGCUGCGGGCUACACCACACGCUUCCCGCGCAUCACGCGCAUCCGAGAUGACAAGAGCCCCCGACAGGCCACAACGCUGCGGGAGCUGCAGGACUUUGUGCGCAAAGCGGCGGCCACCGGCGGCGGUGACGGCGGCAGGGGCCGUGAUGCCGGGCCUGGAGGCGGCGUCGCUGGUGGUGCGCGCCGCCAAGCGCUCUCAUCCUGCGGGGCUGCGGGUGCUGAUGAUGUUGCUGUUACGCCUGCUGGAGUCACCCGCGGCCGCAGCAGCAGCGGGCGGAAACGGCCCCACCAGCAGCAGCUGCGGCCGACCCCAUCACGGGUGCCGCUGCAUUUGCAAGCUAUGGACUUGUCUGAGGUCCCCGUGCAUUACGACCUGCUGGGUGGUGCAUACGUGGUGUUGGAAGGGCUGUACGGGGCCGCUGUUGAGAAGCGGCGCGGGGAGCUUUCUCGUCUGGUGCGGUUGAUCGGAGGACGGCUCUCGGCCAAUUACGUAGGUACUCUCGUGACGGCGGCAUGCCGUGGCGUAGGCAGCUAUUCAAAGCAGGGUUAUUGCGCACCUUCAUUCUUCUCGACGGUGCCAAGUGGCGAAUGCCGUACAUCGUACAUCAUCGUGGAUGAGUGGGUCGAUUCAUGCCACCCCGGUCGGGACCGCUGUCGCGACCUGCUUCGCCCCUCCUGGCUAGAAGACUGCUACAUGCAGCGACGUCUCAUCUGGCCACCCAAGCCAUCGCAAGCCUGGCGCCUCAGCAAGGCGACCCUUGCCGCUUGCGCUCACCAAAUGGACCCGUACGGCGACCCGUACUUUGAGCUACUGGACGAGCAAGAGCUAGCCGCGGUUCUUGAGUGGCAUGUGGAGGUCCCCGGCGCCGGGCAGCCGCGUCGAGCCUUGGCGGAGGCGGAGGCGGAAGUGGAAGUGGAAGUGGAUGCGGGCGCUGUGAAGGGGGGGAGUUGGGAGCGGCAGCGACGAGGACGAGGACGAGGGGCGGCGGAGGGCCAGACGGUGGCGACAACGACGACGACAACGACGGCGUGGACAGGCUACACAGGCGUCACCUCGUUGCCGACUGGCGAGGCCGCCGGGCCGUUACUCCGCCGGCUGGAGGCGGAGAUGGUGGCACACGAGGUCGAGCUGCCGGCGGGGCUGCACCGCCUGUUUUCAGGGGCGGUGGUGCUGCUGCUGGACCUGUCAGCAUCUCUCUUUCCACAACCAUCCGCCGCAUCGUCCACAAUCUUAACUUCACUAGUUGCCGCCGCUGACACCGCAGCAGCUGCGGGACCCUGCUCGCGUGUUCGCGUGUCGUCACUUCACAACGCUGUUUCCGCCUCGCGGUGCUCCGAGAACAUAAACACGACCGUUCAAAUCGGCUCAUCAUCAGGUGGCCGUGCGGAGGAUACGGAUGAUGCGGACCAUGCCGCAUGUGAGGCAGCAGGCGCAGCAAGCUCGGUUACGGAGGGUCACACGCUGGGCCGUAAGACCAUUCCGCUUCUACACAGCGUCCUCGAGGUCGGUGCCCUAGCGGCCCGUUGGGCUGAAGAGGAAGUACGGCAGCAGCUGCAGGAGUUGCAGUUAGGGGUACUGCGCGGCGGAGGCGAGCUGGCCGCUGGGUGGUCUCCUGCCAUUACACAUGUCGUACUGUACAGUGGCAUAGUCGAGAGCUGCGAGGCAACGACAGGGGGUGUUAGCACAGCUAGCAGGGCUGCCGUCAGGCUUGCAGAGUGCAGCGGCGCCGCUGCUGAACUGGCAGUUGCUGCAGAGCCGACGGCACCGUCGGUACCACCUCGCGCCUUCUGUGCGGAACGUACGCUAGCGGCGCUGCGGGAGAAGUGCACCGAGCAGCAAUGGGAGGCAGCGAACAGGGAGCUCGCUGAGUACGCAACUGCCGAGAGGGCGCGCUGUAGCGGCCCUUGCCAAUACGGCCAUGCAUGCGGCAGCAGUAACAACAGCAGGAGUACCAGUAGCUAUUACCGUAGCCUUUUUCCUGGAAGCCCAAGCGGCUGCGAGGAUGCAAGCGACACCGACACCGCCGCAGAGGGCUCGGAGGCGUCCGAUUUGCAGCCAUCCUCGCCGUCCCCGCAUCCCGGGGCAGUCCCAGGGUUUGUGUACGGCACCCGGCGGCUAGUGUUGCGCUCUGGGGAGGGAAGCGGGACCGCCAAGCAGGAACCUGACCGCGCACAGCACCACGCGCCAUCGGGCAUGGAAGGCAGCAGGAGGCGCAGCAGGGAGCGGCGCCGACGCAACAAGUUGGCUCAGCUAUUGCGGCGGCUGGUAGGGGCGGCUAUCCGCGGCUGCAGCUGCAGCACCUCGCAGCAGCACCCGCACCGCCUGUGGGGAUGCGGAUCGGCAUGUGGCGGCGGCGUCCGGGUGGUGGAUGAGCGGUGGGUAGCCGGCCAACGAGGCUAG